AUGUCCCUUGUCAUUCUGGCAACACGCAGUCAUGGUGUAAGCGAGGGUGGUCAUUGUGAUCAAAGAGGCGGUAUUGUCAUACCACCAUUGUUGAAGAUUAAUUACAAUCCACCAUGUAUUGUGGUAUUAAACGUGUGUAAACUACUACCCGUGCGGUUUCAGGACGGAGCCACCUUCUCGACAUCGACAGAAGACACAGCGCGGAUACAGAACGACGGCGUCGCGCCGGACAACGUCUACUUCGACGAUGAGGGGUCUGGCAUAGCGCCGGACGAGAGCUCCGGAUCCGGCUGGGGCGCAGGCCCGGGGCCGGACGACGAGGACGGCCGGGCCGGAUCAGGUGACGCUCCGGACGGUGACAGCGAUGACGAAGACUUCGCGCGACCGACCAAGGCCCCCGCCACCGAAACCCCGCGCCUGAUGCCCGACGAAUCUUCAGUGUCCGUAGUGCCCGCCAUCCCGGACACUGAGGACAAUUACCUCAACUCGCUCAUGCCGGACACAGACAGCUCGCCGGAUACGAGCGUGCCGGAUACGAGCGUGCCGGAGACCGAACACCCGAUCCCCCCACCAGACCAGACGUUCGAAGUAGAAAUUCCUCGUAUCUUGAAGCCAAGUGAAGGAGCAGUAGACACCAGCGCAGGAGGCGCGAGGGAAGAGGCACCCUCGCGCCCUGAAAGUGACAUUAGCAUCUCUGGCGAGGACCUCAAUCCAGAUAUUGUGAGUAUUGAAUCAAACACUAUGAACAAGUGUCUUUAUUACAUUACCGUGAUUUCAAACUGAGUAAUUGUGUGUCGGUGAUCUGAAGAAAGAACGGUACUCGACCAAAAUUUUAUUAACAGGUCACUUAUGUAGGUCAAUUGGUUACAAUAAUUGUUUUUAAGUGCAAUAAACUGGGAUAAAUUAUACAUACAGGAAAAUAAUCCGGAUAUUGUUAUCAUAACCACACACACACACACAAGUGUCAGCACAUACCAGUUGUAUAUCAGACUUAAUGUACAGUCAGUGUUGUGCAAAUUUUAAGUAGAUGAUUUUUCAUUAGCGAGAUUUUUCGAAAUAAACUUUUAAACUGACGUAUGGUUGACUACAACUACACUGAACGAUAUUAAGUGAACUUCUUCCAUGUCUAGAUUGCCACAAAGCACUUGAGUAAGUUAAAAAGG